UUUCCUUUUCCUUGUUUUCUUUCGAGUGGUGGUGGUGGGCGGUGCCUGUGACUGCUUCCGGGUUGCUGGAUGACCUUGAACCUUCAGGAGCGAGAUGGCGAGCGUGUGGAGGCUGAGUGUCCUCUGCGGUGCCCGAGGAGGCCGAGCUCUCUUCCUCCGAACCCCAGUGGUCAGACCUGCUCAAAUCUCGGCAUUUCUCCAGGACCAACCUACCCCAGGAUGGUGUGGAAUACAGCACAUUCACCUGUCACCCAGCCGCCAUUCUGGUUCCAAGGCUGCGUCUCUCCACUGGACUGGGGAGAGGGUUGUCAGUGUUGUGCUCCUGGGCCUACUUCCAGCUGCGUAUUUGAAUCCUUCUUCUGCGAUGGACUACUCCCUGGCUGCGGUCCUCUCUCUCCAUAGUCAUUGGGGCCUUGGACAAGUUGUUACUGACUAUGUUCAAAAGGAUGCAUUGCAGAAAGCUGCCAAGGCAGGCCUCUUGGCACUCUCGGCUUUCACCUUUGCUGGGCUUUGUUAUUUCAACUAUCACGAUGUGGGCAUCUGCAAAGCUGUUGCCAUGUUGUGGAAGCUCUGACCUUCUUGACUUACUACCUUGAAAAUUGAUUGUACACCUCUUUGCCUCUGCUCUGUCAUGCCAUUCAUCUCACAAUAAGGAGGAAAUAAGUCCACUGGUGAGAUAAAUCUCUUCUCCUAAUCACCUGGCUAGUUUUAGAAUUUAAUCUGUGAGGAAAAGGUUUGAGAGGAAUUGUAUCCAAGAAAUUGUGAGACAGAGUUCCACAUUCUGGCGAGUGAAUGGGGUCCUCCAGCUUCUCAAGACUCACAAUGUAACUGAACAUUAUAUAUGAGCUUUCGCAUUAUAAUUUACCGAACUCUUAAAGGGAAUUCAGCUUUAUUACUCUCAAUACCUAAUCAAACUGCUAUAUUUGUCCUAGGAUUUAUGGAGAAAGGAAAAACUAUUAAUUCAUAAGUAAAGACUGCAGAAACUUAUGCAGCACUUAAUGUUUGAAAACUUUCCCCCUUUGUUUACCAGUCACUGAUGGUUAUAUGUCUUUGGGAAACUUUAAAGUUAGGAAAUGCUGAUAUUUCACAUUACUAAUUUCUAAAGCCUGGGUAAAAGAGCCUGGAGAACUUCUGAAUAUAGAGAAGUUCCAUGCAGGGAAGAGGUACCCCUGUAGAGGUAUCAAAGUAUUACAUGUUCUAAACUGAAACAGACUUAACUCCUCAAAUAUGUUCAUUUUACUUGUCCCAAAAUAAUAUCCACAAAUAUAAAACUUUAAAUAAUAAAUUGUUAUUUUUCCCACUGUGAGAAUCUUUAAUGUGAAAUGUAUUCUGUGAAAAUAAAGUUUUUUUAAAAAAUAAAAUUCUGUAUAAUAAAAAUGUA